UCUAAGUAACCUCCCAACUGGGCAGGUACAAAGCGUGACAUUGAUCAUUAACCCCUCCCCUGCGGGCCUGUUCAUUGGUAAAGUUUUAUCAACUCUUUACUCAUUUCUACUCGGCAAUUAAAGACUCCGGCAGUCAAAUGCCGUCGGAAGACUAAAUCCGGUGACCUCCCAACGAUUCUCUCUUCGCUUGCAGGAUGGGAAAUGAUACCAAGGUUAGUCGUAAAGGUAAGGAUGAGGAAAGUAAUGAUAUAAAAGGGAGAAACAUUGGUAACAGAUCAUCAAGCAGUUUGGGUGCUGCUAAUGAUACUUUUGGUCUAAGAAAGUCAGCUAGAGAAACAUCAUUCAAGAAAAACUUGACUCCAAGCCCUUCAAGUAGUAGAAAGUCUGAACGUAUUGAGAAGCAGACCCCCCCUCCAAUUCCUCCUGUUACGAGGAAAUCUGAGAGAUUGGUUGAGAAACAUAGUUUACCGACUCCUUCUAGAAGGCCUGAGAAGGGUAAGAAUCAGUCGUCAUCUAGUUCUUCUGGUCCAACGAAGUGUGGUAAAAGCUCGGGCUCUUUAAUAAUGAAGGAAAAGCACAAGAAAGAGAAGAGUGUGAAACAACUUGAAACUGAAGAAGUUGGAAACAGUGACAAACCUGUUAUCAAAACUGUCCUGGUUGGAAUUAAGAGAAUGGAUGCUCGUUCUUACAGGGAACUGUUCAAACAGAAACAAAAGAAAGUUAAACUGGAAGGUAGCCAAGAUCUGAUAGUAAAUAGGAUACCUGGGGUUGAUACUGAGGUGAAGAGUUGUUGCAAGUGAUGUCUUCUAAACAAAAAAGAAGUAUUGACGACUUGAAUUUUGAUGCUACGGAAAUGGUUUCAAAUGAAGAUGGUGAUGCAGCUCCAUAUGGGUGCGGCAGAACUGAUUCUGUGGAUUCAUGUUCCGAAAGGAAAAGGUUAAAGAAGCGCAAUAAAGUGUCCAACAAUAACACUGAUUCGCUUUCUCUGAAAGCUGCUUUAAUAGAUAACUGGCUAGUUUCACUGUUGAUUAAUUGUUCUGGUUUUGUUCCUUGUCCUGUUUGCACAGAUGGUACUCUUCUCAGAGUAUUAGGUGGCAAACAUUGUCGGAUUUCCCUGAUUUUUAUAAUUAAUCUUCAUAAAAUGUCUCUUCUUCUGCAGGAACUUCUGGAGCUCCAGUGCAUAAGAUGUGUAAAGUCAUGCCAAGUUCAAGUGGCCUUCUUAACACAACUGAUGCGAAUCACGUUUCCAACUUCUCGCAUUUGACUAGUAAAUUAUCACAAGUACUGAAUCACGUUUCCAACUUCUCGCAUUUGACUAGUAAAUUAUCACAAGUACUGAAAGCCGACAUGGUUGGGUAUAAUGGAGGAAGGAACUUGCAUGAUGAUUCUGAGAAGAGUCUCCAUCUUUUUUUGAAGCCUGAGAUAGCAAAACUUUGUGAAAUUUUGCAACUCCCAGCAUGCAUCUCAUCCCUCUGUAGAAGUUAAUUUCUCUAGCACUUGUUCAUGAAUGCUGCAGUAGGUUCUUUGAUGUGGUGUAUUGGGUCUGCCUAUCUACUGCUAUUCUUAGUACUUUGAAUUGGUUUCAGAAUUGAUUUUAAGCAUAGAAAUAAAGAAGAAAAGAUCUGGUAAAUACCCUACUUUUUGUGCAUUCAAGCCAUCAACCUUGCAAUGAUCCCUACUGUUGGCAUUGGAUUGAAAUAACUGUUUUAGAUCUUAAUGAGAUAAAGAUACUAUGAAUUUCUUGGCCUA